GGUCGUCUCAGAUUCAACUUGUCGGUUCAGCUGAUCCAGUCGUUGCCUUGGCUGGUGACGACGUCAUACUACCAUGUUACCUGGAACCCAACGUCAGUGCUGUGGACAUGAUGGUGGAGUGGACAAGACCUGACCUGAAACCUCAAAGGGUCCAUCUUUACCGUGAAGGUCGAGACUCCGACGGUGAACAGCUUCCGUCCUACAGGGGAAGGACAUCACUGUUUAAAGAAGAACUGAAGAACAGCAAUGUCUCUUUAAAACUGACCGGAGUUACCCUCUCUGAUGCUGGAGACUACAAGUGCUUCAUUCCAACACUGAAGAAGGAAACAACCAUUCCACUCAUAGUUGGUGCUGUAUCUCAGCCAGUGAUCUCUAUUAAUGGAACCAAAGACUGGGGGGUGGUCCUGAAGUGUGACUCCGGAGGCUGGUACCCACAGCCUGAGCUUGAGUGGUUGGACAGUCAUGGAAACGUCCUCUCUGCUACUGAACCCACUGAGACAAGCAACUCAACAGAGACCGAGAUGAACCCUGAGGGUCGCUACACCGUGAGACGAUAUGUCACCAUCCGGAACACUGACAACAACAGGUUCACCUGUAGAGUUGUACAGCCGCAGAUCAACCAGACAAGGGAGACACAGAUUCAUGUCCCAGACGAUAUGUUUCCUAGCGUGUGGUGGAUUGUUGGUAUAAUAAUACCAGCUGUAGCAGCCAUUGUAGCUGUUGUUGUGCUGUUGUACUUUCGCAGAAAACAACGUCAUAAACUCAAGAAAGAAGGUAGUUUUUUGUCUUGAACUCUGUGAUUGUUACGAUCAACUUCUUGGUUUUGUACCAUUUUACUUGCUUGUUUCCUUUGUCCUGCCAUUUUAAUUACUGAUUUGUUACUAUUUAUCUGUCAUUUUAAGUGUUAAGGUACU